CGAAAGUUUACAGGCAGCAGCGGGUCCGAGAACAUGGAGAUCAUUUCAGAUCGGAACAUUUUGAAGAAAAUUGGCCUUUAGAGCUAAUUUUUAGCCAAAGAACUGUCUCAGAGACGUAAACCUAAUUGAAAACUGACCUUAAACACUGCCAAGGAUCUCAGUUGGUUAAUGUUCAACUCUGGAAGCUCUUGGUGCGCCUGAGGAGGAAUUUGGAAAUGGGACUUGGCGCUUAGAUUUGGAAAGCAGCAGGCAUGGGCAGCGGGACAAGCCGAGGGAAGAGAGUCGCACCUGCGUGUGUCAGCGAGGUGAAUGUAACAAAAACACCUCCCGAUGGUGUCACAUCACCCAAACAGGACAGCCGUCCAUUCAAGCCUCUCAAAAUCCAUGCCAUUUUGCGUAACGCGCGCAACCGUGCGCAACCGGACUGCCACAGCGAGGGGCACGACUCAGACUUCUCCAGGGAGGACGAUGACAUUGAUGGAGAGCUGGACACAGUUCUGGCGGAUUAUGAGGAGCGAGGGAGAGCUUCAGUGAAGAAGAGUCCUCCCAAGAAGACAGUGAUCAGAUCCAGAACAUACGGACUGUGUCAUUUCAGUCACGAGGAGGACGAGGACUUUAGUGAGGAGCCACGUGGCUCACACGGUGGACCCAGAGAUGUAAACAAGAGGAGCAAUGAUGCUUUCACACACUCUAAAAAACCCCCACCUGCGUGCCCCAGUCAGCUCAAUCCCUCCUCUCAGGGCUUUUUGGCAAGAGGGACUUUGUUGGAAGCUGUUCCCACAUCAGAAAAACAAUCGACUUUUAGCAGCUGCCAUAGCUCCUCUCUCACCAUGCCAGUCAUCCUGUACGAUGGAUCAGAAGAAGAGCUGAUGGACACUAUUGAGAGAGAGUUUGGUUGACCCCCAGCUGAGUGCUGCAGCAAAGCCGGCAUCCUUCUCAGCCGUUCUCGUAGGACACAGCAGUUUGCAGAAGAUAUUUUAAACAGACAAAGGGAAGCAGGGUUUCUUUUGACAAUUUCCUGCCACCAAGGAAGGCUUCAUCCACUAUAAGCAGGGUUUCCACGAUACAUUUAAUUUCUUUUUAUGAAUUGCUGCACUUCAGGCUUUCACAUUCACCUGAGUCUUAUUUAACAUGAAGCAGUGUAAUUGCCGAGUUAUAACACCAACUUGAACAGUUGCCAGGAGGUUCUCCUCAGACUCCUUGGUUUGUUAUCUGCAGUGGUACGGUGUCACUGUCACCCCCUCAGCACUGCUGGCCUCCCACAGAGCACACACCUACCUUUUUGUUACCUAUUACUUUCUUUAACUUGUCUGUUAAUAGGUAAAGGAGAGAACACAGGUAUUUCUCUCAUUGCUCACACUGAAAUGUAGCAGUAAAGGCACAUUCUCAUGGCUAUGCUAUAUGCAAAAAUAACAUAUUCCACCAGCAGUUUUAUGCAUGCAGCACUUCAUGUAGUUUUUCAGAAGUGGCAACCCUGCAAAGGUAUGAGCCGGGCCUGUUUAUUUAAGGUUUCCCUCCUGACCACAGUUCCUGCUCUUUUCCGCCCUUAUGAAGAAGGAAUGUGUGGCAACAGAGACUCUCAGUCAAGCUCAGCUGCGUUUCAGCCACAUUCACACAGAGAGGCCUGCUGCCACUUAGUGGCGGGACACUGCACAGUAGUGUGCAUGAACACAUAGUUGACCAUUUAUGGGACUACAGUAUGUGAAAACAAACUGAAUUUGACGCUGUUUAACGAACGAAAGGUAGAUUUCAACCAGAAAUGUA